AUGUCGAAGCUUUGUCUGACGCCUCACGCGGAACUCCCUCGCCGCAAGCUGCUGAUUGUGGUGAUGGAUGGUGUCGGUAUGGGCCCGGAAGAUGAGUACGAUGCGGUCCACAUGGCCGAGACCCCGUUCAUGGACGCUCAGCGCAAGAACCCCCGCUGCUUUCGCACCAUCCGCGCGCACGGUACUGCCGUGGGCCUGCCUACAGAUGCCGAUAUGGGCAACAGCGAGGUUGGCCACAACGCUCUCGGCGCUGGACGCGUGGCCCUCCAGGGUGCUUCCCUGGUCGACGACGCACUCAAGAGCGGCGACAUCUACACCAGCGAGGGGUAUCGCUACCUCCACGGCAGCUUCUGCAAGGAAGGUAGCACGCUGCACUUGAUUGGUUUGCUAAGCGACGGUGGUGUACACUCGCGUGACAACCAGCUUUACCCCAUCAUCGAGCACGCCGUCAAGGAUGGCGCAAAGAAGAUUCGUGUGCACGUGCUCUACGAUGGCCGAGACGUGCCCGAUGGCUCCUCCUUCCGCUUCACAGAGGAGCUGGAGACGGUGCUGGCGAAGGUGCGUCAGAGCGGCUGCGAUGCGCAGAUAGCUAGCGGUGGUGGCCGCAUGUUCGUGACGAUGGACCGCUACGACGCUGACUGGAGAAUCGUGGAGCGCGGCUGGAGGGCGCAGGUCCUCGGUGACGCUCGCCACUUCCACAGCGCCAAGGAGGCCAUCACGACGUUCCGCGAGGAGGACGCCAAGGUGACGGACCAGUACUACCCGCCCUUCGUCGUGGUUGACAACCACGACAAGCCGCUCGGCACUAUCGAGGACGGCGACGCUGUAUUGUGCUUUAACUUUCGUGGCGAUCGCGUGAUUGAGAUGUCGCGCGCUUUUGAGGAUGAUGACUUCAACAAGUUUGACCGCGUGCGCGUGCCGAAGGUCCGCUACGCUGGUAUGAUGCGCUACGACGGAGACCUCGGCAUCCCGAACAACUUUCUCGUACCGCCGCCGAAGCUGGCCUGUGUGAGCGAGGAGUACUUGUGCGGCACCGGGCUCAACAUUUUCGCCUGCUCUGAGACGCAGAAGUUCGGCCACGUGACUUACUUCUGGAACGGCAACCGCAGCGGCAAGGUGGACGAGAUGCACGAGACCUUCAAAGAGGUGCCGAGCGACCGCAUCCAGUUCAACGAGAAGCCGAAGAUGAAGUCGGCAGAAAUCACUGAAAUGGCCAUCGAGGCCUUGAAGAGCGGAAAGUAUGAUGUGGUGCGCAUCAACUUCCCCAACGGCGACAUGGUGGGCCACACGGGCGACCUCAAGGCCACCAUUGUCAGCAUCGAGACGGUUGAUGCGUCGUUGGCGAAGCUCAAGGAGGCGGUGGACAGUGUAAAUGGCGUCUUCAUCGUGACGGCUGACCACGGCAACUCCGACGACAUGGCGCAGCGCGACAAGAAGGGGAAGCCGAUGAAGGAUGAGAAGGGAAACGUACUCCCUCUCACGUCUCACACCCUUGCCCCGGUUCCGGUGUUCAUCGGUGGUGCGGGCCUCGAUCCUCGCGUGGCGAUGCGCACGGACCUGCCCACGGCGGGUCUCGCGAAUGUCACAGCCACCUUCAUUAACCUGCUUGGCUUCGAGGCGCCGGAGGGCUACGAGCCCAGCUUGAUCCACGUUGAACACUGA